CUAUUAAUGGAUUAGCUAACAAUAAUGCAUUGCGCAAUAUUAAUGCUAACCAGUUUAGAGAUGGAGCUCUUCAAAUAAGAAAUACAGUUUCAGCCGACAACAAUGCAAUUGCUAUACCAUUAGUGCCAGCACAUACUGUUUUCGAUGAAGAUUGGUCAAUAGCUGGUGGACAACCAACAGAUUUAGCUCCCAAUGCCCCUAAUGCUAAUGCAGGAGGUAAUACUAUUUCCCCUGGUAUUCGUAUUGGACAA